UCAGAUGCAACUCAAAAUACAUAAAGCCUCCAUGUUGCACGGGGAAUGUAGGGCCAGCAGAUAUGAACUGUUUGCUUAAAAGUGGACUUUAACGCCCAAUAACUUCGUUUCGAUACACGUUUUUGGACACGACCGAUCCGACGGGCUUCCUUGUGUUUUCAGCGUUGUUCCAGACACGGCCUCACAUUUUGGAUGAUCGGAGCUUCACAGCUAGCUAACUCGCUAACACCAAGCUAACUUCAGCUAGUUAGCAACUCGGUUGCUUUUUGUGUUUAUUCUUUUCAGCCGCAUACGCUGUCGGGUGUUGCUCUGAAAAUACUUGUGUGCAGCGAUGAUAUUUUGCCAUAAAUGAGAGCCAUUCACUGGCCUCCAUUCACCACCGUGCUAGCUGGCUGGCUACCACCGCUGCCACAACACUUCGCCCCGGACGGUUGCCUGGCUUUGUGGGCUGGCUGGUCAUCCUCGUCUUAAACAGCUAGCUAACGGUAGCUAGCAAACGAAGCAAGGGCGCUAGUACGAAUAACAUUGUGGGAAACAAAACAGGAAUAACAACCCGUCUAAAUGGACCACAUGUCCAUAAUAACCCAAGUUUCCAACCCGAAGGAGGAGGAAAUAAUAUCCUUUAACCAGGAAAAAGCGUCCCAGUCGAACAGCAGCCUAAAGAAGCAGAGGAGCCGGAGCAUCUUCAGCACAUUCUUCUGCUGCUUCCGCAACUACAAUGUGGACCCGCCAGCCACCAACACCAACACCAGCUCCCUGCCUCCACCUGUUGAGGAGAAUGGAUCGCCUCCCAAGUCUGACCAGGUCGAGGUCAUCCCUGUCCCUAGUCCACCAGCCAAAUACCUCCUACCAGAGAUGAUCAUAUCUGACUAUGGCAAAAAGUGCGUGGUGAUUGACUUGGAUGAAACGCUCGUCCACAGCUCGUUCAAGCCCAUCAGCAAUGCAGAUUUUAUUGUUCCAGUGGAGAUCGAUGGUACCGUUCAUCAGGUAUAUGUGCUGAAACGACCCCACGUGGACGAGUUUCUUCAAAAGAUGGGAGAGCUGUUUGAAUGUGUGCUCUUUACAGCCAGUCUUGCCAAGUAUGCAGACCCCGUGGCAGACCUGCUGGACCAGUGGGGCGUAUUUCGAGCGCGACUCUUUAGAGAGUCCUGCGUUUUUCACAGAGGGAACUAUGUCAAAGACCUCAGCCGGCUGGGACGAGAACUCAGCAACGUCAUCAUUGUUGACAAUUCACCCGCCUCUUAUAUUUUCCACCCAGAAAAUGCUGUCCCUGUCCAAUCCUGGUUUGACGAUAUGAAUGACACAGAGCUCCUGGACCUGCUGCCUUUCUUUGAGGGACUCAGCAAAGAAGAAGAGGUUUACGGAGUCCUGCAGAAUCUGAGAGGCAGGUAGCAGGACACACCACAGGGCCGCCUGUGCUCUCCAUCCUCCUCUCUGUCGAUCUCUGCCCCCUCCUACAGCCACAUCUCUCAGACUCAGGCAGAUCCUCCCACACGCGCCCCUCUUGUCUCUGCCCCAAGGGGACGCCUUGGAGUCUCACUGUGGAAACCGUCAUGUUAACCCCGUCUCCGCUCUCAUCUCCUGGUGAACGGCUGCCUUCUGAGUGCCAUCAGAAAAUUUAAAACAAACAAAAAAAAUAAAACACUAAAUAUCCCAGGAGCACUGUGUUUCACACAAACCACACCAGAAAGCGUUCAGAGUGUCCUAAGUUAAUAAUACUGGGGACAAAAUGCUAAGAGGAGUGAACUCUGGUCUUUAUUUUCAAACCAACAAAGUUUUACUAUUCGGUGAAGUGCUUAUUUUAAAACCAAAAAAAAGGUUUUGUCCGAAAUUUCUUUUGUGGUACCACACAAAAGUCUGAAAUGAUUUUGUCCUCGUAUUGUUGCUAUGCAGGCAGUUUCUGGUGGUAGAAAGGACUGUGAUUCUCUUUUCUUACUGAAUGAAGUGCCUUGUGUGAAUGUUGUUUAUAUGGGAAGAUAUUUUGUACAUGGCAUAUUUCCAGAGUACUUCAGUCUUUUCACACACAAUAUGCUUUAAAGUGGACACAGAAGUAUCUUGAUAUAAAAGUUUUACUUUUUUUGAUUAUCAAA